CCAUUUUUUAAAAAUAUAUAUCUAUAAUUCUUCCUAUUUUCUUCCUAUAAAUAGCAAACAGGAUUUCCCUAUUCCAACACACCAAUAGAGAUUAAUUCAGAUUAAAAGUAUAGCAAUGAGAUACACUAUAGCUAGCUUCCUCCUUCUUUCACUGAUAGCUUGCAGUGUCAAUGCAAGAAAAGAUGGAGGGGAAUACUGGCAAGGUGUUGUGAAGGAUCAGAAAGUGGAAGGAAAUGACUGCCACACAGUGGGUGAGACAUCAAUCUUCCAUGUCAAACCUAAGUAUGAGGAAUCUUUUGCAAAUGACUUUAAGAGAAGGGUUCAUACUAGUACUCAUGUCAACCAUUUAGGUUUUGUGAGAGAGUUUGAGCCUAGACCUAGUGCUACAUCUUAUGUUGGUUCCAAGAAGGAGAAAUCUUAUGGUGGACACUCUGAGCCACCACCCAAUGUUGCAGCAUAUAGUGAUGAUGUGGGUUCCAAGAAGGAGAAAUCUUAUGGUGGAGACUUUAAGCCAAGACCUAAUAUUUCAGCCUAUACUGAUGAUGUAGGUUCCAAAAAGGAGAAAUCUUAUGGUGGACACUCUGAGCCACCACCCAAUGUUUCAGCAUAUAGUGAUGAUGUGGGUUCCAAGAAGGAUAAAUCUUAUGAUGGAGACUUUGAGCCAAGACCUAAUGUUUCAACCUAAUACUGAUGAUGUAGGUUCCAAGCAGGAGAAAUCUUAUGAUGGAGACUUUGAGCCAAGACCUAAUAUUUCAGCAUAUGGUGAUGAGUGAUAGUGAAUCUUCUGUAUGAAGUUUACGUUGUGUUGUGUGCUCUUAUGUCACCUAUCCAUGUAGUUAAAAUGUAUAAUGGUGCAUAAAGACUAUGAUUUUCGAAUUUAGUUUAGUCAUGUUUGUCAUGGAAUGUGUAUUUUAGUCAAAAGCUAUCGGGUUUGUUUGUAUUCA